AUGGAAGCAGCCUGUCAGUGCGGCGCCGUCAGGUUCAAAACGCCGACUGAGAAGCCCCUAGCCCUCUACAUCUGCCACUGCAGCGACUGUCAGCGACAGACCAGUUCGGCGUUUGGCAUGUCGGCCAUCUAUCCUCGAUUCCAAUUGCCGGAUGCGGAGCUGUUGAGCUGUUACAGGAGGCCGACUUCAAAUGGGCAGACGCUUUACUGGCCCCUCCACACACAGCCCAAGAACGUCGUGGCCGUCAAGGGAGGAUGCAUUGAAGGAUUGGAUUGGUCAAAGGCCAUUCAUAUCUGGACAAAAUCAGCCAUGGUGCCAAUCCCGGAAGAUUCCAAGAGCUAUAGCGAGUAUUCCGACCAGACAACGGAUUAUGGGAGCUCCAGUGACGGGCAUGAUACGCCGGGGGAAUUAGCGGGGUGA